CGUGCCGAGAAAAAACACGCCGGCCACGGUCAAAUCUGGUGAAAAGCCCGACCCCUUUCCGUUCCUUCUCUUUGAAUUCCAAUUUCCAAAUUCCAAUUUCUACUUUUCCAACCCAACCUCAAACACAACCAAUCCACCUCCGAUUCCUUCAUCCGCCGCCACCGCCGCCGUCGCCGCCGCCGGGAUCCCGCCCGCAACCGCACCGCGGCGGCUCCUUCCCUUCCUCCAGGUACCAACCAGGUGCGUGCGCCCGCUGCCCAUCUCUCCCUCGCUCUCCCGCCCCCCGCGGAGGCUGGCGCGGGGAGAUCUCCGGCGUCCUAGGGCUUCGGCUGCAGCUCUGGCUGCUGCUUGGUGCUUAAUUCGCGCGCUGCCGAAUUUGAUUGAUUCCCUCCUCGAUCGCCACUUCGUGCCUGAGUUUUUCGGCCCCCCCCCCCCCCCCCCCCCCCCCGCCUCGUGGCCGUCGGUGCCUUGGGCGUGAGCGACGAAGGGGAGACGAUUUGGGUGGGGGAGCAGUUGGAGCACACGCUCUUCGUGGGUGGGUUUCGCUGUUGCUCCAGCGCAGCACAUCUAGAGGAGGCGAGGAGAAUUGGGGAAACUGGUAGAGGAGGAGGAGGAGGGGUCCUCACCUCCCUCUCUUUUAGCUAGCGUGAUGGAUUGUUAGGGUUAGCUGCUAAGGUCUCGGUACCGUCCCUCACUUUGAGGUUUGAGGCUGCUGCAACUGGUCGUUGGAUAAAUUGCCACCGCGAAAAAGAUUGUGGGAUCUUCCUAGAGAGCGCUGUUGUCCUGCACGAGUAGAAUAGCAGAUGGCGAGGAUAAAGCCGAAGCAAUUGCUAAUUCAAAGCAAGACGAAGAAGGCCCCAACACGGAUCAGUUACUCCACUAUCGUUACUUGGAACCUAAUUGUUAUCUUGGUUGCGCUAUCCCUCUAUGCUACCUACAGGCAUUGGCAUCACAGGCCAAUGCUCGAGACUGAAAUGGAUCUCCCUCGUGCUGAGCAUGUUGGAAGAUCUGAGGAUUCCACGAAGACUAGUAGACCAAGCUAUGCGGUUAUUGAUACUGCCAAAGGCUCAAUUACUAUAGAAAUUUACAAAGAUGCUUCUGCUGAUGUUGUGGAUAGAUUUGUUAGCUUGUGCAAGAGUAACCAUUUUAAAGGAAUGCCGUUUCGUCAUGUCAUCAAAAACUUUGUAAUUCAAGGGGGUGAUUUCGAUUUCAAUGGUGCUGCCCAGGAAUGGAUACUGAAAGCCAAAGCCAGUGGAGAAAACGCUCUAAGUCCAAAGCACGAGGCAUUCAUGAUCGGGACUACGAAGAAUCCUAAUAAUAAAGGAUUUGAUCUUUUUAUCACAACUGCUCCAAUUCCUGACUUGAAUGACAAGCUUGUUGUAUUUGGGCAAGUUAUCAAUGGACAAGAUAUUGUUCAGGAGAUCGAAGAAGUUGAUACUGAUGAGCAUUACCAGCCAAAAACCCCUAUCGGCAUACUCAACAUCACGCUAAAACAGCAAGCUUUGAGCUGAUAGCUUGUUGUCCUUACCUGAAAAUGACUUAUCUGUACUCCAAGAGGGUCCAUACAUCGCCUCCAAUUGCUGCUGAAAUUGAUUAUGAUUAUGGCUUCCUCUAGAAGCCCAUGGGUUGCAAAGAAAGAAGGCGCUUAAUCUUGCCUGGCAGCUAAAAGCUUCUUCCGUCUCAUGGAGUAGUUGUGUAUAAAUUUAUCCCUGGUGUCAUUCGGCUGUCAGUUUUUGCAGGCAUUACAGUGUAUUUUGAUGCUUGGUUGUUUCAUUGUAAAUUUGAAGCCCAUUUGGAUCAUGAAUCAUAGAACUUGGAAUUCAUAGUUAGUUAUGAGGAAUAAGUUCAUCUGAGGUCCCUUAACUUUA